GUACACCUUUUCAAAGGACCUUUUCGCUCCUUCGAUUUGAUAUUCACGGUCGUUUCCUCCACCACACUCGUUCAUCCAAUAUAAUAUACUUAGCGUACUUAAUUCGUAAUCAUGUCUUUCAGCAUCCGCAACACAAUUGCCCUGGGCGCCUUGUCCGCUCUCGCCGCGGCACAAACCACGCCGCCUAAGCUGGACGCAGCCUGCGCCGAUGUAGUCAUCUUCAUGGCUCGCGGCAACGACGCUCCUUACCGUGACGGACGCACCUUUCCAUUUGUCGAGGCAACCUGUGGCAAGUUGAUUGCUGAAGGCAAGACAUGCGACCACAUUGAUAUUCAGUUCGACGUUACCCUUGGUGGAGACUACUGCGCUCAGGUGGCUGAGGGGGCCCGCAAUGGUAUCUCUCAGAUUACCGCCUUCAACCAAAAGUGCCCUUGCACACACAUCGUGGUUAAUGGCUACUCUGAGGGAGCCCAUGUUGUUGGCGAUGUAUUGGGUGGACCAGGUGGAUGCUCCUUUGUGAGCAACGGUCUUGACAGCACCUCUCCUGCUGGCAAAGCAAUCGCUGCGGCUCUGCUGUGGGGAGAUGUCAUGCACACCGCGAACCAACCUUACAAUGUUCUCGACGGUGCCAGCAAGCAAAAGAACCCACGCUCGUCUGAAGACCUCGCCCGUUUGAACCGCUAUGCUCCUGUUCUUCGCUCCUACUGCGCAGCUGGAGACCCAGUUUGUGCUGGAGGCGAGAUCGUAGCUGAUCACCUGAACUACUUUGAGCUCUACACUGACGAGGCUUCGUCCUGGGUCGUGUCCAAGAUCAAUGGCGUUGCACCUCUGCCUUCUUGCGCUUCGUCCAGCUCUUCCAGCUCGUCUUCUGUGCCCACACCUACCGCCAGUGUGUCCGCUUCAUCUGUCGUACCCACACCUACCGCUAGUGUGUCCGCUUCGUCUGUCGUACCCACACCUACCGCUAGUGUGUCCGCUUCAUCUGUCGUCGUACCUGCCGGCUCCUCGAGUGGGGGUGAGCCUUACAUUCCUACCCCUUCUAAGGACGCAGAGACACCAUACCCGACUUCUCCAGCAACUAUUUCUCCAUUCCCUCCACCGGUCGACUACGAUGCGUGUGUCCUCCAGGUUCACGUAGAGUACGUCUACGCCCACAUGUAAGUGUGUGAGAGAUGGAACGUGGAAAAGAGUGGUUGGCAGUUGUGGUGGUAGUAUCAAAGAGCACAUACUCAAUACAUAGUUGCAAGUUCCGAGGAAAUAUCCUGGUUCUACCAAUACAAGACUAUGUUACUGGACCUAGUGCUGGUGCCUGCGUAUAAAAUGCCGACGAUGAUUCCAUAGUGCCGUUGAUUUCUGCAGGGAUUACCUGAAACAGAACCAGACAUUUCAAUAUUGGUUAUUGGGUUUGCUGGUAACAUACUUAUACUAUUAUCCCAGAGUGAAAGUGAGAAUGGAGUCUUUGGAAAAUACGAG